UCAGCCCAUAAACAUGGCCGCCGCGUUUUUGUGAUUUUGACGUUGUGACGGGUCAAGUAAUUUCAAAUAAUUUUAUAAUUUCUGGAAAUAAUUUGUUAUAGUUUCUUUGUAAUCUUAUAUAAACCAGCAAAAAUGUCAGCUGGACCGUACAAUUACUCCUACAUCUUCAAAUACAUAAUAAUCGGAGACAUGGGGGUGGGCAAGUCGUGUCUCCUCCACCAAUUCACCGAGAAAAAGUUCAUGGCCGAUUGCCCCCACACAAUUGGAGUCGAGUUCGGCACUCGCAUUAUCGAAGUCUCCGGCCAGAAAAUCAAAUUGCAGAUUUGGGACACGGCGGGGCAGGAAAGGUUCCGAGCCGUCACACGGUCGUACUAUCGAGGGGCUGCUGGGGCCCUCAUGGUCUACGACAUCACACGUCGGUCCACUUACAACCAUCUAAGUAGCUGGCUUACGGACACAAGGAACUUGACCAAUCCUAGUACUGUUAUUUUCCUCAUCGGGAAUAAGUGCGAUUUGGAGGGCCAAAGGGAUGUUACUUACGAGGAGGCUAGCAAAUUUGCUGAGGAAAAUGGCCUGAUGUUCGUUGAAGCCAGCGCUAAGACAGGCGACAACGUAGAAGAAGCAUUCCUCGAGACCGCCAAGAAAAUCUACCAAAGCAUCCAAGACGGUCGUUUAGACUUGAACGCCGCCGAAUCAGGUGUCCAACAUAAGCCUUCACAGCCUGGUCGUAAUAAUCUCAGCAAUGACCAGCAAGCGAAUAAAGAUAAUUGCGCUUGCUAGUUAUUUAGCCCUAACGGGGGUCAAGAUUUCAAAAUUUUUUAAAUCUGUCAACUUGUUAGGAAUAAUUUAAUUUUACAAUAAUUUUGUGAGGUUUCACACACACUUUAGUCCAAAAUAAUUUAUUAUUCAUACGGUUAACAAUUAUCGAGAUUAUUUUAAGUGAAUAAAGCAAAAAGCACAUUAAGAAAAAUAUGAAACUGAACGUUUAUAUCAAAUGGAUGUAGCUUUAGUAUUUUUUUGUUACACUUACAACACAGUUUCAGUUUAAAAUAACAAUAAUAGGAGUAAGAGGCGAAAACUUGUGGGAAUUAGGUCACUUAGCCUGGCACGGUUAUGUAAUAAAUAUACGACAGAAGUGUUGUUAAUGUAGAUUAAAAAACAAAGAUGUAUUUCUAAGCAGUGUUGUCAAACAUUUAUGAACGAAUGAAAUUGUUCUUGAUUCCGCUCCCUAGUGUGUAACAGCAUAGGUCUUUUCUUUUUAUAGCAAAUAAUUUUAAUUUUUAUACUGUAUUUGGGGGGAUAAUAUCGAGUUAUUGUGGCUUAAGUCAAGUUUUUUUCCGACGGUUUGCUUCUCAAUUAACGGUUAAAGGAUUCCAAAUUGUUGCAACUAUUUUUUAGUGAUGAUGUAUCUUUGUAUGUGAUGUAUUUAUUAUUGAAUCAUAUAUAUGAAAAUAAUAUAGAUUAAGUUGAUGCAUUUUUGUAUUAUUUUAAUGUUAUGUAUUAUUAAUACACUUUAUGUGAUUUGUUACGAUAUUUUGCGUCCCCGAAUAAUACUUUUAUGCUACAA